UUCAAAGCAGAAAGUCAUGUUAGAUCAGAGCUCAGACUAGUUUCAGUUAUAAGAAACAGAAACUGACACAGUCACUGACACUGAGAGGAGAAAUGGCACAGAAAGGACUUCAGCUGGACCAAGAAACUUUCUCUUGUUCAAUCUGUUUGGAUCUACUGAAGAAUCCGGUGACUAUUCCCUGUGGACACAGCUACUGCAUGAACUGUAUUAAUGGCUUUUGGGAUGAAGAGGAAGAGAAGAAAAUCUACAGCUGCCCUCAGUGUAGACAGACUUUCACACCGAGGCCUGUCCUGGUAAAAAGCACCAUGUUAGCAGUUUUAGUGGAGGAGCUGAAGAAGACUGGACUCCAAGCUGCUCCUGCUGAUCACUGCUAUGCUGGACCUGAAGAUGUGGCCUGUGAUUUCUGUGCUGAAAGGAAACUGAAAGCCUUCAAGUCCUGUUUGGAAUGUCUGGCAUCUUACUGUGAGAAACACCUUCAGCCUCAUUAUGACGUGGCUCCAUUAAAGAAACACAAGCUGGUGGAGCCCUCCAAGAAGCUCCAGGAGAACAUCUGCUCUCGUCAUGAUGAGGUAAUGAAGAUGUUCUGCCGUACUGAUCAGCAGAGUAUCUGUUAUCUCUGCUCUGUGGAUGAACAUAAAGGCCACAACACAGUCUCAGCUGCAGCAGAAAGGACUGAGAGGCAGAGAGAGCUGGAGGUGAGUCGACAAAACAUCCAGCAGAGAAUCCAGGACAGAGAGAAAGAUGUGAAGCUGCUUCAACAGGAGGUGGAGGCCAUCAAUCAGUCUGCUGAUCAAACAGUGGAGCACAGUGAGAAGAUCUUCACUGAGCUGAUCCAUCUCAUCCAGAAAAGAAGCUCUGAUGUGAAGCAGCAGAUCAGAUCCCAGCAGGAAACUGAAGUGAGUCGAGUCAAAGAGCUUGAGGAGAAGCUGGAGCAGGAGAUCACUGAGCUGAAGAGGAAAGAUGCUGAGCUGAAGCAGCUCUCACACACAGAGGAUCACAUCCAGUUUCUACACAACUACCCCUCACUGUCAGCACUCAUCAAGUCUACAGACUUAUCCAGCAUCAAUAUCCGUCCUCUGAGCUACUUUGAGGAUGUGACAGCAGCUGUGUCAGAGGUCAGAGAUAAACUACAGGACAUUCUGAGAGAGGAACGGACAAACAUCUCACUGACAGUCACUGAAGUGGAUGUUUUAUUAUCACAACCUGGGCCAAAGACCAGAGCUGAAUUCUUAAAAUAUUCAUGUGAAAUCUCACUGGAUCCAAACACAGUGAACACAUGGCUGUUAUUAUCAGAGGAGAACAGAAAAGCAACAGUCAUGAAACAACAACAGUCUUAUUCUGAUCAUCCAGACAGAUUCACUGGAUGGUCUCAGGUCCUGAGCGGAGAGAGUCUGACUGGACGCUGUUACUGGGAGAUGGAGAGUGGAGAAAACGUUUAUGUAGCAGUAGCAUACAACACUAUCAGUAGAGCAGGGUGGGACAAUGAAUGUGCAUUUGGACGUAAUGACAAAUCUUGGGCAUUAAAUUGCUACAAAAACAGUUACACAUUUUGGUACAACAACAUUGAAACUCCUGUCUCAGGUCCUCGUUCCUCCAGAGUAGGAGUGUACCUGGAUCACAGAGCAGGUAUUUUGUCCUUCUACAGCGUCUCUGAAACCAUGACUCUCCUCCACAGAGUCCAGACCGUAUUCACUCAGCCGCUCUAUGCUGGACUGAGUUCAUUAAACUGAAAUAGACUGAAGACUUUCAUAUUGUAGUCGGUUAUAAAUCUGUACUUCAGUUUCCAUUUUAAUUUCUCUCCAUCAUUAUUGUGACGUUUCUUCAUUGCAGAGAGUUCAGCUGUUAAUCAAACAUUAUGGGUCGUACUUUGACAUCUUCUUGAUGUUUUCUUAAGUUUUUUAGGUGGAGUUUUUUGUUUGUUUGUUUGUUUGUUUCUUGUGGGUGACACUAACCCAGGAGUUAAAGGAUGUCACAUCCUAAUUGGAAUGCUGGUGGUUCAAUCCCUGCUUGCUCCAGUGUGAAUGCUAAAGAAUCCUUUGCUAAGACAUUGAACCUUAGGUUAUGUGAGUGGAUGUUAUUUUGACAGUACUUAAAUGUUGAAGAAAGUGCUUGUAUAAAUAUAUGGGUGAACAAAUCCAUUUAGCUCUUUCUUGUGUCUGUUUAGCCACGGAGGCUAUCUUUCUCCAAAUGAAAUUUAAACUUUUCAGUUAUCUUAAUGUUUAUAUUCUUUUAAUUAUAUGUUAUUGUUUCUGUCCUACAUUAUAGGCUUUAACAGAGAAAACUCUUUAUCACAGAGAUUUUGUUCCCACCAUUUUUUACAUUUAGAAAUUAAAUCUGUAAUCACAUACACAUUUUUUCUUUUUGGCAGAAAAAAUACUUCAGUUGUUUUUCCCUAAAUCUACAAACACAUUAGAGGCUGUAAAACUGUUAUUAUCAUAAUAAUAAUCUAAGUAUAGAUCGUUCAAUUAUUAAUACUGAAUGCAAUAUGUAACUUAUUUAAUACUUAAGGUGCAAACAAACUGAAGAUAUGUAUAAUAAAUAAACUUUGAUUAAAGUC